CUCGGCUUGCGUUGCUGCACUUGGGGUCAUCUUAGGGUUUCUUAGGGUUAACUCGCCAAGCAUGGAGCUCUGCUGGAACGCGCAGCCACCCGCAACGCCAACCGCAGCGCAGCACCGCAAGCGACCGCGUGCGAGCAAGAUAACAGUCAGCAACGUGCAAGAGCGCUUCUGCUACCUCCAGCGCUAUCAGGUGCUAGUCUGCAGGGAGCACGCUACCGGCAUACAGAACGUCGAUGUGCACCUGCGCGACCAGCACGGCGUGGCGAGCAAGGAGAGGGAAUGCAUCGUGGAGCACUGCCGGCAAUGGCGGAUCGCCGCGCCGCGAGACGUCGAGCUGCCCGCGCCGCUGGGGCCGCCGAUCGAGCAGCUGGGCGAGCCGCUGGACGUCUAUCGAUGCAGGAUCACCAGCGACUGCGGCUUCUGCACCGCGAGCAAGAGCAGGAUGCAGAAGCACUGCAACAGCGCGCACCAGACGGCUUGGAGCAGCAGAGACGCUGCGCUCUGCGAGAAGGUCAAGGCGCAAACGUUCUUCCGAGCCGGCGGGCUCCAGCGAUACUUCGUCGUCAAGGCAGCGGAGGA